CCGUUACCACCCCGGGAGCGCCCCAACUUCUCCGCCCGCCCUCCGAGCCCCCGCUCCCUCAGCUGGGCUGUGCCCAGCCUGGCCUCAGCAAUGGCCUCGCCUCCCCCGCCUUCGGGAUAUGCGGCCUUUGCCUGUGGCUAGCUCCAGCUUGGGGCUCCCGGCCAUACCCCCGCGGCGCCGUCCCUCCCCCGGCAGCGCGGGAGCGGGCGCCGAACGCGGGCAGGAGCCGAUGAUGGUGGGGUCCAAAUUCCCUAACCCCUCCCCCAUCAGUUCGCUCACGGUCCCCUCAGACAGGGGUUAAGUGCCCCCCACCGCUCCCGCGGCCCGGAUCUCCGGCACAGAAAGAGACUGUCAGUAUGGCCGCAGCCUUGGGCAGUGAGGAAGAUGGGGCGUCAGAAUGACGCACUGCCCGUUGCUAUAGGGGUGCCAGUUCCUAGCUGUGUGGCUUGCUCACCUGUGUGUUAAUUGGGAUGACCAGCAUCGAGAAGGGCGUGCAUUGCAGCAUUGCAUGACCUAAUCAGCCUUCCUCAUCAGCAUUCACUUUAACAACAGGUCUAAAAUGCCAGAAAUGGUAACUGCGCAGCUAGUGAGCUCCAUUUAGGAGUCUCAGGAUUAGAAUGGCAGGAGUACUGCAGGUUCCGAUUCAGGUGUAUUGCUUUCUUCAUGAGCACCAUAAACUCGUGGCUGAAGGGGGGGGGGGGGGAUGAACUGAUCCACUAGAGGGCACCAAACACUGACUUUGGGGAGGGGACAACAUACCUGGAGAAGGGGGAUGCCUAUUGAAGCCUGUCAAAGAGUUGUGUGAUACAGCCGUCUCCAGGGCUGUGCCUUUCGAUGCACAGCACUCUGAGACAAAAAUGAUAUUCAGGUAAUAGCAACUAAAGCUGACUCAGUCUCUCAUGUGUCUGACGAAGUUGGUAUUCACCCGCAAAAGCUUAUGCUCCAAUACGUCUGUUAGUCUAUAAGGUGCCACAGGACUCUGUCGCUUUUUACAGAUCCCGACUAACACGGCUACCCCUCUGAUACUGAUUGUAUGUUUUUCUAUAUAAACUGCACCCGAGGGGUUAACAACAAAACCUAUAAAAUGCAAAUGUUACACCCCACCUCUCACCUUGUCUCCCGUUCAGAGUGUGCAUUUGUGUUUAUUUCCUAGCAGACUGAAAAUGCAUAGAUGAUAACGGUGUUUUGACUGCAUGGUGCCAAUACUGCCAACUUCUCUGCAUGAAACUCCUAUUGAUUUCUAUCUGAAUUUCAUAUUUGGAGUAGUUACAAGAUCAGACUCAUUCUUUUGUCAACUCUCGAAUUUAUUCCAUGUACCAAGAAAAUAAGUUCGGACUUUUAUGUGGUUCUGUAGCUCUCUUGUGUGUGUGUUCUUGAAAUUAAGACUAUUAUGUGGUUUUGGUAGCAUUUAUGGAACAUAAUGUUUAUACAGUCAAAUCUUUCUCUGGUGCAUUAAUGCUAUGGAUAAUAUCGGUCCUGUCAUUUGAUAUCCCAAUGUAUUUUGUCUUUCUAUGUCUGUUUUCUAAACUUUAAACUCUCUGGGGCUGGGACCACUUUGAUAUCUGCACAGCACUGGACAUGUUGUCUGUGCAUACAAAAACAAAGUUAACAAGUCUUGUAACCUGAAUAUGACAACUGGUGCUUGUUCCAAAUCUUGAUUUACUUUUCCAAAAUGGUAGAUACACUCUGCCUGAUCUGGCCAAGGUCAGAGGAGGUGUCAUCAAUUAUUUAGAUACUUUGCCUUAAAUAUUUACAAAAUAGAUAUUCUUUUGAAAUAUUUUAAUAUAGCUAUAUCUACAAACGCUGCCCUUGAAGUCAUACACACAUGCAUACCAGAAGGAGCCAUAGGCUGAUGCUGUGGAUAAUGUAGGACCUGGGAAUUUAUUAAAAACAUUUUCUCAGAGUUGUAAGUUUUUGGGGGGAGGGGUGUGGCUAGUGUAUCUUGAAAAGGGACAUAUAGGUUUGGAUAGUACAAUGACAGUGAAUCUUGCAUAGAGAAGUUUUAUGGCCUCUCCUGAUGCAGUUGUAAAGCUCUGUGUAGUCCUUUAAAGAAGUUUGAUUUCUACAUCUCGCACUGCUCAAAAGUAGCUUGGCUGUGACUUUAUUUGAAGGCAUAAGAUGAGAUGGUUCUACCCUUCAGUGGAGCAGAAUACCCUUGGAUAUUCCUUUUGAUUUUAAUUAGACUAUUUAAGGUGUGAAGGGUAUUGUUCAUUGUGAGCAAUCAUGCCUAAACAUUGCCAUUAUCAAUUGUUUGCUUAAAAAUGGCACCUUUGGAGCUCACUGGGGAUACCUAAAUGGUUGAAUGCACAAAUGCUCAUGUCAGUUAUAUGAACACUUCAGUUUGUCAGUUUCAGAAAUUCACACUCUAUUCUCCAUUCUACGAACUUUAACAAUCUGAAGAACUAUACAUCAUCUUAAAUAAGGCCCUUAAACAAAGUCUUCCACUUCUAUUUGACAACUUUGGAACAACGUCUUUCAUAUUGAUUAGUAGAAGAUAUUUCUAAUCUGUAGUAACCCACAAAUUGAUAAUUCAGUGAAGAAAACUAGAAGAAUUGGGGUUUUUAAUUAAAACUGUACACAGUAUAAGGUGCUAACUCUUUCUUUAAAAAAAAUCCUCAAAUAUAUUUUAGGGCAGAUAAAACUUUGCCCCCAACUAUAUUGAAAUGUUAAUUUGGAAUUUUACUGUUGUCUGGGUCAAAAGCAGGUGUUCAUGGUGCCAUAUGAUUAAAAGGCUCUUUUUUUCUCUUAUGCCAGUAUACUGAGGAGGUUGCUUUACAAAAGCAACAUUAAAAUUCUAAGUGUUGCCCUGUUGGAUUAAAAAUGUUUAUCAUGAUGAAACAUUUUAAAGAGAUGCUUCAACUUGUUUUUUGAACUUGAUUUGAUUUCAUGUUAAAAAUAGUUUGCGGGACUUCAUCUAUAUAAGUCCUUCUGAUAACUCUUUAGUUUUACAAUCACGUUUUCCUAUUCUUAAACGAGCUGUUGCUGUCAAAUACAUAAGAAAUAUUUCUGUAAAUAAACUCUCUCACUGAAAUGAUUUGAGUGCUCUGCAGUUUCAGAAUUGAAGUCUUUUGGUACAGAUUCUUAUAUUUUUUAAAAACCCGCAUAACAAGAAGCAUAUAUGAAUGGCUAAAUGACCCUUUGAGAAAACAGCAGCUUUGAGAGUAAAGUGCACCUGAGCAAAAAUGUGUAUAUUCAAACCAGAUGACCUGCAUUUUUUAAAUUUGGUGAAAUACAAGACUGAAACUGCAUGUACCAAAUGUCUGCUCAAAAGAAGGAUAUUUGAGUUAGUCCCCUAAAAAAUAGAUUUAUCACAGAGGUGCCUUCUGUGAUUUAACUAUAGCAGGGGUGGGCAAACUACGGCCCAUGAGCCAUGCCGCGCGGCUCUGUCCCGCUCCGGCCAGGGCGCUAGGUUGGCUGCUGGACCCCCCGGCUCCCGUAAGCCGCGGCACGGCCCUGCUCUGGUUCUUACGCGCUCCAAUGGGAGCUACAGGGGCGCUGCCUGCGGAUGGGGCAGUGUGCAGAACUGCCUGGCUUUGCCUCCACAUAGGUGCCAGAGAAGGGACAUACACUGCGUCCGGGAGCCGCUUGAGGUGACACUGUGAACACAUGAAUGGCAGGAGAAGACUGUUAGCUGCCUCUGUAAUUUCUGUCCAAAACUCCAGCUUUGUGUAUCCUUCUUGUCAAAACUGCUUUUCUAAGCUGAUACUAGAUUCUAAUAGGUUUAAAUGCCUAAAAUGUGGCUGCACGGGUAAAGCUAAGGAUGCAAACUACAGGUAUAAGCUGUCCCUAAAAGUUGCUGGCACUAGUGAUUUAUUUGACGUUACCGUGUUUGGAAGCUCUUUAGAGCCAUUCUUUGGGGUCACGGCAGGAUGUCUGCAGAGGUAUAUUCAAGAUUUUAAUCAAGUAUCAGGAGAGCUGGAUAGAGAUGCAUCUCCACAUGUGUUAAUUCAAGCAGUCAAAACUUGUUUCAUUGGGAGAAGAUUUAUAUUUGGAGUGAAGAAGCAGAGCAGCAUGUAUGAUGUCUUCUGGGGACUGAAAUAUCCAGCAAAGAAGGCGGUGGGGCUAGGCUACAAGAUGAGGAAUCAGACCUGUGUGCCACUCUCAGUUCUGCUACUAACUUCCCAUAGUUCUGAAAACCAUGAUGGAGGGCACUCUGUUUCUGACAGCAUUUUGCCAAACUGCUCCAGAAUUAAUAGACUUACAAGAGAUCUUACAGCCUGCCAGAUCUUCCUGCCAAACACUGCUGUUGCCGGCUUUACUGUUAUCAGCUACUUUCAUCGGCUCCUGCAAUCUGCUAAUUUCCGGAGCAGUCACAGCAGCUCACAGCAACCCGAUUGUCCUUUCAUUGCAAUAGAUGAGCCUAGCAGUGAGCUCAGCAGCUUGUGUAGCUCUGGCAGCAACUCAUGUUUUGUUCAGUCAAGGGGCCGAGAGAGUUUUUCAGUACCCUGGCAGCAGUCCUUUGGCCUGACUUCUUCAUCUGUUGAGUGGGUAACAACAGAAGAUUUUUCAUCUUUAGAACUGAGCAAGGCUGCUGGUGAACAGUGUAAACUACAGGAGAGAGACCAAAGCAUUCAAGAUUUGCAGCUCUGUAACUCUAUGAAUGAGAGAAAUGAACAGCAAGAUAGUGAAUUUAGUUCACUAUCCAGUAGGUCAGACACAAUCACUGCGACUGAAAAACUAGAGAGCUGCUCUCAUUUAAAGAGAGAGUGGUCACCUGCCAGGAACAGCUCUAGGUUGUUACAAAGUCCAUUGGAUUUGGGGGUAAAAUACUCUUGCCUAGAGAUUAUCAGCAGACAUGAUUACUGUCAAGAAAAAUCUUGGAACUCCUUGCCUUGCCAGAUAAAAGAUGAUUCAUUUUGCUCCUCAGCAGUGUCUCCUAAUCAUGGAAGUGUAGCUGGAACUUCUCAGGAUGACCCUAUGAUUUGGGACGAGCUGCCGUUCUCUGAAAGUCUAAAUGAUUUCAUAGCCAAAAUUGAAAACCAGAGCACCAUAUCCGCAGUAGGCCUCAAUGCUCAUAAAUGUUCCCUUCGUGAAAGAAACGAGUUGGAUGAGAAUCAUAGCAAAACAUCUUGUAGGCAAGGCAUUGUACAUGUUGCCUGCAAAUCAACCACCACAACAGGGAGGUUCCCACCACUAGCAGAGAAUGUGAAUACUUGCAAAGAGCAUAUUCUCUCCUGCCAUCAAUCACACCUCACUCCUGUAAAUGGCCAAGUAUCACAGUGUGAACCUUUGUACAGCAUUUUAUCUACAAGUACUAAGGGAGGCAGAGAGUCUGACUUUAUACCUGACCCACCUCUGCUAGUGCUGUCGCAGUCCUCAGCAGUUAGAGCAACUUGUGUUCUUUCAGCGGGCAGUUUUCUACAAUCUGAGAAAGCAAAUGUUAAUAUUUCAAACAAUGCCCAUUCUUUCACCAACCUUCAGUGUACUAUGAAAGAUGCAGAAAUCUCAUAUUUACAAAGGAGAGAGAACCCCGCCCAUUUACACUCUCUGUAUGAUGGCUGCGUAGCUGAUUGGGAAAAUAAAGAAAAUUGUAGUUAUCCACCAAACCUAAGAACAGAUCUUACAAGCUCUCAGGAACUGGGCUGUGAUUUAGCAGCUCCCUACAAAGCUAAAAAUACGUGUAAGAGAGAAUUAGAACUAUUAACUGAAUUGCAAGAAAAUACUGUUAGAGCUAUAAACCAGAAUGACAUGCUACAAAACAACUCCAAUCACUCCAAAAGCAGCUACAACGCUUCUGCUGACCUCUUUGAGGCUAGUGCCAGAGAGAUGGAAACUAUGGUAGAAUUUUCAAAUAAGUCUCACAACUCUUCAGCACAGGAAAAUGUUUCGACUGAAAAGUACACAGCAUCUGAAUUAGUGUGUAGUCCUUUAGAUGUUGGCUGCAGCUAUUCAGAGUGCAGAUCCUCACUUAGUUUACCACCUCCUUUUGGUAAACACAGUACACCCAUAAGUUAUUCACUUUAUGAUUCAGAACUUGAUCUGGUAGAUACCCAGAACUUUGUUCCUUACUCACAGUCAACUCCUGUUGCAAGACCUCUUCAAAAAUUCAGAUCCCAGAGGGGGAGAGAAUCAGUUCUCCCUAAACUGACAUCUAUAAGUCCUACUAAAAUCUGCUGCAAAUCUAAACAGUCUAGGCCGUCUUUUAAAAAUACUUUAGUAAGACAACUUACCAGCAAGUUCCUGAAACGCAAAAGAUCAAGUAACACAGCCAUCAGUAAAUCUGUUUCACAGCAGUCAUUUAUCAACAGCGAGAUGCCAGAGAAUGAUUCUAAAGAAUGGAUCCCUCCAUCAGCAACAAAAUUGUUACAGCCAGUUGCAUUUUCUAAUUUUAAAACAGGUGGAUUGCAAGCCAGGAGCCCAGCUAUCUGCAAACCCAUUGACAAAAAGACUAUUUCUGAAAACAAAGUCAGCAGUGGAAAGUCAAGAACUGAUACAUGUUUAAGAAGCAGAAAAUUAAAUCCUAUGAAUAGAGCUGGAAUUCCAACAACUCCUAUACCUGCAAAUGCUGUUAAGGCCUUGCUUCUAAAAGAUGCAGGCUCUGGAACUUGUGCCUGCUCAGAAACCCAGAAGAGCCAUUCAUGUGCAACUUACUUAGUGGGUGGACUAGAUGCAGCAGUUAGCUGGUCUCCUGAACUGUUUACAGAAAAAUACUAUUUCUAGUAUGUGGCUCUUGGAAAACCUCAUUUUGUUUAAUUUUUGGAAGUGUGCCAGCAUUGCCGGAGAAGGAAAAGGGACAUUUUAAAAAAGUUUAAUUAUUCAUAUAUCUCUCAGCAUCUCUCGUUUUAAGAUGAAUUCUACCUAACUGCAAAGCCUUUUGUCCUACACGGAGGUUGGGGAACACAGAACCCUGCUGUCACAUUAUUUUAUUGUGGAUGAAAUGACUAAGCUAAAAAAAGUGAAAUAAAAGUUUAACAUUAA